AUGGCUCUCCUGCAGGCCGAGCUGCUGCUCGUCCUGAGCGGGACUGUAAUGCUGCUGGUGCCGGUCCAGGUCCAGGGAUCCUGGGUGCGGAUCAACCACAGUGACCUUCUCAGGUUUUACUCCACUGGCCAGUGGGGGGGACCGGACACUUUCACGGGAGGUGACACUGACUGCGAUAAGUAUGAAGAUGACAUUUCUAAAGGAGCUGGAGGGGUUGGAGUCAGGCAAACCUCUUAUGAAGAUCAACUCGGGAAAAUUGAAGAUGAAGAUAUUGAAUAUGACAGCUAUGAAGAUGAGGUUCCUGCUGGGGUUGGAGUUGUUGCAGUCAGUGAAACCUCUCCGGAGGAUGCAUUCCUGGAGGUUGAAGGUGUUUCCACAGUUGGCGAAUUUGACUAUGAUGACUAUGAAGAUAAAAAUCCAGAUACAAAAGGUGUUGGAACCAUUGAAAUGACUGACCAGGUGGGCGAAGUAGAGUCUGAUACAAAACACUGGCCUGAUGCUACAGCAAGUGGAUUCCAGGUAUUGUUUGUAGACGUCCCCCCAAGGAGCUGGACUAUGUGUACUACUUCAACGUAUGACGGGAUAAGAGUGGUUUGUAGUGAAGAUGGCUUCCACAUUACUCUGCCACCAGGCCUGUUAACCGAGGUCCAAGUUGUGGGUUUGAAGAAUAUUUCUGUCAUGGAUGCACACAAGUACUGUGGCUAUCAUGUGAAUCAUGCCAACAACACCUUGACGAUACCGUUCACAGGCUGCAAUGUGAGAGAAGACACUGAAGAUAUAUAUAGUCUGCAGUUGUCAGUUGACGUCUUUGGCCGUGCCCGAGAGUUUACUGUAUUUUGUGUGGAAAGUAUGAAGUUUGACUCUGGCCUGUUUCCUCGUGCCUUUUCCACAGACACAAACUGCAACAAAUUACCCAUCACUCCAACUGUAGCCACUCCCAAACCCACAAAGUGUGCUCCUAGAACCACUGCACCACUGACGACUGGCAAACCAGCCACUGUUAAACCCUCUAUGCUGGGAAUGCUAAAGAGCAUUCCCAGUACCGCUGCACCAGCAUCAACACCACACAAUCAACCCAAUUGUGCGGUUCACACUAGAGAGCGGCUACCCUGUGGUCACCUAGGAAUAUCUGCCUCAAACUGUAAGAAAAGAGGAUGCUGUGCAGAUUUAUAUAAACCUGCCUGCUACUACCAACUGGAUGAAUGCACUGUAGAUCAACACUUUGUUUUUGCCAUUCGCAACAGUAGUGCAUCCAUUCCUGUAGACCCGAAAACACUUGUUAUUCCCGGGAAGCCACUUUGCAAACCUGCCAUUGUAAAUGACAAGGUUGCCAUCUUUAAGAUCAAAUUCAGAGACUGCGGAGCUCGUUCAUAUGAUAUUGGUGAAGUCAAGAUCCAUCUGAUUGAGGUGCACACCGCUGUCCAUGUUCUGAACUUGAAAUAUGGCCUAAUUACCAGAACUGAUCCAAUCAGGUUCUUGAUCGAGUGUCGAUACAAGAAGCAUGGCAUUACUCAGCAAUCAAUGGCCAGUGUUGGCUACAUGGUCAAGACUACUUACGCUAAUCCAAGGACCUCAAUUACCAAAAUGCCACCAGCAAUAAUCUCCAACAGUCCUUAUGGUGUUGAGUUGAGACUUGCCAAAGAUCAUACAUAUUCAAGUUACUUUCCCACACACCAUCAACCCUUGCGGGUCCUCCUUGGCCAUCCUGUGUACCUUGAGUUGAUUUUGAAUUCUCCUGCACCAGAUGCAGUAAUUCUGGUUAACUACUGCUUGGCCUACCCUGACUCUGCAUCAAAUGCUCUGGUGCUUGUUUAUGAAGGGUGUGCCAAUCCUAAUGAUCCCACUGUAGCCGUCCUUAAAGUCAAAGGCACACCAAAUAAUCAUCAAAGACGCUUUGUUGUGAAUGCGUUUCACUUCAUGGAUCAAAAGACAAGUUUGUAUCUCAAUGAAGAAAUCAAUUUCAUGUGCUCAGUAGAAGUUUGUAGGCCAUCAGAAAAGAUGUGUGAAGAACGGUGCUUUGAUGGAAAAGAAUCGGGACGUCUCGAGGACGGCCGGCCGGCGUCUCGCCUCAGCUAUGAGCUGCAUUUCCUGGAUCCGUGA